UCUCUCUCUCUCUCUCUAUAACCCAAAGAUCAGAGUUGGCUUCCUUACCCCAACACCAAAGUGGCGAUACACGUCUAAAUUAGAGUACAGAGUUUUUCUCACAUCUCAGUUCUCUUCAAUUUGCUGUCAGACUCUGCUUCUUCUUCGACUCUAAGAUGGUAACUGAAGGGAAGGAGUCCAAAAUAUUUCUGACGAAGCCCUUCUCAUUGGAAGGUAAAUCAGACUUAGACCCGUCUUAUUCAGCUCCCAAUCUCCUACGUCGCUUAUUAAGUUUACUCAAGAAUGUACGGCCAGGAUCAGAUCUCACCCACUUCCAGCUUCCACCUCUGUUUAAUUUCCCAAAAUCUCAACUUCAGUGCUAUGGUGAAUCAGUGUAUUGCACAGCUUCAAACUUGCUGAGCAGGUGCAACAGUGGACAGAGUCCACUAGACAGGUUCACAUCAGUGGUAGCAUGGAGCAUAUCUACCACUCGCCCAUCAUCUUUCGGGGUUGCUCCCUAUAAUCCCAUUCUUGGAGAGACCCACCAUGUUUCCAAGGGCAAUCUUAACGUGCUACUUGAGCAGGUUUCGAUCGACCCUCCUCUAUCUGCCCUCCAUGCAACUGAUGAGAAGGAGAACAUUGAAAUGAUAUGGUGCCAUCAAACUGUUCCAAAGUUUCGUGGUACAUGUAUUGAAGCUCAAGUGCAUGGUAAACGGCAGCUGAAGCUCCUAAAACAUGGAGAAACAUAUGAAAUGAACAGUCCUCACCUUUUAAUAAGAAUUCUUCCUGUUCCUGGGAUUAAUUGGAUUGGCAGUGUUAAUAUACGAUGCCUAGAGACGGGCCUGGUGGCUGAGUUGUCCUACAGAUCAAGCCAUUCUUUUCUAGGACUUGGAGGAAAUCGUAAAUUGGUCCAAGGGAAGAUCCUUGACUCAUCAUCAUCCAAAGUUCUAUAUGAAGUUGAUGGUCAUUGGGAUAGGACUGUUAAUGUGAAGGAUACAAAUAGUGGGGAAGUCAGAGUGAUAUAUGAUGCUGAACAAGUCAUUUCAGGGCUCCAAACUCCAAUUGUCAAGCAUGCGGAGAAUGUAUGGCCAACUGAAUCAGCCCUAGUUUGGAGUGAGUUGAGCCGAGCCAUUAUGAACAAAGAUUGGGAGAAAGCAAGAGAAGCAAAGCAAGGUGUGGAGGAAAGACAGAGGAAGAUAUUAAGAGAAAGAGAGACAAAAGGGGAAUCUUGGAUUCCUAAGAAUUUUGUGGUGUCUCGUAGUAAAGAAGGGGUGUGGGAGUGGGUGUGUUCACCCAUUCAUAAAUGGGUCCCAGCUGCACCCAUCAUAUCCUAGUAAUUUAUUAUUAUUUAGGUAUAGCCCAAAAUACAGUUUGGUAGCUGAAAAUUGAAAAUGCCUUUAUUUCUGGAUCAAUAUAAAAAAUGGAUAAGCCUAGAAAGCUAUCGUAGUAGGCGGAAUAAAUUAAAAAAAAAAAAAAAAAAUACUGAA